AUGGGAACUUCAGAAGAUUCCACUCAGAAAGGCGCCAUGUUUAUGGCAGGGCUGACUCUUUUGCAGUCUCUCCGUGUGGCUUUAACUGGAGCAAAGUUUGCAAUGGAUAGAUUUAAAAUUCCGCAGCAGUAUGCCAGUUCGUUCAUUAACAUGGUCCACAAUCCUAUGGAACUGGCAACGUUUACUGGAAUGGCUAUUAUGACUGGUCUCUCAUUUGCACCCGGCCUUAAUAACUAUUUCAAGUACUUGGCCGCUGUAACAAAUAUGACACUAUGCCUUUCCUUCAUUAUACUUCUCAUCGCAUUCACGUCAGGAGGUCAAAUGGGAGAUCUAACCUUCUACUACUGGACUAUUGUCUUUGGCUCAUUUAUCUAUGGAAUGAAUGUGGCAACUGUAAUGACAGUGGCAAGUGCAGAUGCUGCCCUUUUCAAUGUAGGUAUUCCUCUCUCUGGUAUUCAGGUUUCUCUCUACUACUUUAUCUUUACUAAACUUGCUAAUCGGUAUAAAUGGUCAAACGUCAGUUACAAGAUUAUUGUUUGGCAGCUUGUCAUUGCGAUAUUGAUAUCAGCAAUAUCUGCCGGUCUCUGGAUUGCUGUUGCUAUUACUACUGAAGGAGCUAAAGAAGAUGGCCAAUCUGCUUCUCUGGGUGAGGCUUACAAGGCCUGGUCUCCGAUUCUUAUGGGUGUAGUUGGUAUGGGUGGAAUCUAUGCCUUUUAUCCAGCCAUAGCUCCUUACAAGUUAACCGAUGUAGGCACUGGCUACACUAUUGAUCUGGUUGUUUUAUUCGUUAGUGCGGUUCCUGGUAUUUUAAUUGUCAUCCUAUGCCUGGAGCAAGUUGGUAUUGGUCCAGACCAACCAUGGGAAAAUUUGUAUGCAUUAUGGCAUCUUGCUUGGAUUCUGGCAAUUCCUCACAUUACGGUUAUGUUUUUGUGUUUGUACAUACUUCAUCAUCCUUAUGGUAGACUAGCAAGUUCUGUAAAGAGCAGUGGUUUAAAGGUUGGACUCAUUACCAUUACGCUAAAGUUCAAUGAGGAAUGGUUAAAGGCAGUGUCUUAUGCUGGAGGUGGCAAACAGAAUGGUAAAUACUGCACAGAAUGCAAAGAAAAGAACUGCCAAGGAGACUGCCAAUGUGGAUGCAACUGCAGUGGAAGUUCUGGAUCCUGUGUUCCUGAAAACUGUACAUCUACUAACUGCCAAUGCUGUAAAGACAAGGGAGGUACUAUUGCAUGCUUAAACACAUUUACUUCACAAGGUUUAAUGUUAGUCUUGGCAUUUACUGGAGAUGGUUAUCUCAAGACCUAUUCUAAGUAUGAGAACGAUAGGGAUAAAUGGCCCACUAAAGACUUUGGGUUCUUUAAGUCCUUAGGAUACUGGAUAGGAAGUGGAGUAUCUGAGGCAUGUAAGAGUGUCAAGUCUUCCUUUACCAAGAAUGUUAGAUGCAAGGUUUUGGGUAAAUCAGAGGCUCUACUCAUUGUCUAUGAAGAUCAGGAAUUUUAG